GGUCCUCUGUUAACACCAAUUGGUGUCAGUUUUAACACCACAGUGUUUACAGUGUUGGAACGUCACUUGUUAUAUCGUCAAAUGAAGUGGUAUAUAAUUCAUAAUUGUUUCUUUCUUAUGAUUUCACCAACAGAUUCAUACAGGGAUGCAGCAUAGUAUAAUCUGGGUUGGCCAACCACUUUGCCAUCCCAUAACAGACCCGACCAUAGCCAACCAGCUCAGGAAGGCUGGCUAUGCCACUCACGCUGUGGGGAAGUGGCACUUAGGCUACUACAAAAAGGAUUGCUGGCCCACAAACCGAGGAUUCGAUUCCUUUUUUGGUAUGCUGACGGGUAGCGGGGGAUUUUAUACACAUAAGCACUACGGUGGACAUCCGGGAUUGGAAAGCUCAAAGAACUGGACCGGAUAUGAUUUGAGGGAUAAUUUGGAACAGGUAGCCCAAGACUAUCAAGGAGUGUACUCAACCCAUCUUUUCACUCAGAAAUCACAAAAUAUUAUCCGUCGCCACAAUAAGUCGAAGCCGCUGUUUUUGUACCACUCCUUUCAAGCUGUGCACUAUCCUCUCGAGGUUCCAUCUUGGUAUACGGAAGACUUUAACUACAUAGCCGAUGAGAAGAGACGAAUCUAUGCCGGUAUGGUGAAAUGCAUGGAUGAAGCAGUCGGUAAUAUUACCAGGACAUUGAAGAAAACUGGCCUGUGGAACAAUACCAUUAUCAUAUUUUCUUCAGACAAUGGGGCAAAUUUCAACUAUGGAGGCAGCAACUGGCCCUUACGUGGUAUGAAAAGAUCACUAUGGGAGGGUGGCAUCAAGUCUGUAGGUUUCAUCGCCAGUCCUUUACUACCAAAACACGUUCGAGGAACUGUCAAUAAUAAUUUAUUUCAUGUAACCGACUGGUUUCCUACUCUAGUCAAGGGUGUGGCACGAGGGCGUCUGAGGGGUACAAACCUCGAUGGGCACAAUCUAUGGAAACAUUUGAUAAGCAAAAAGAAGAUACGGAACCAGGAGAGUUGGCCACGGAAAGAGAUAUUACACAACAUCGACACCUAUUCACCUAUCUUCAGUGAGAUACCGUUUUGGUUUUCACUUAACUUCCCAGCAGCUAUUCGAUAUGAAAAGUGGAAACUUAUCACGUCUCAAAUCGGCAACAAAAGCUGGGUACCACCACCAGAAUCAGGGGAGCAGACCAUCCAUUCCACAGAUACACCAGAAAAACGGUUAUGGCUCUUCGACCUAUCCGAAGAUCCGAACGAAACGAACGAUUUAUCGUCAGAAAGGAGAGAUAUAACUUAUUUCCUUUUAAGACGGCUUGGGUCAUAUCUACGGGGAUCCGUUCCUAUAGUAUAUCCUGGUCCAGAUAGAAGAGCAAACCCGGCUCUUCAUAACAAUUCAUUUAGUGACUGGAUUCAAUGACGAUUCCAUAAAGGUGUUAAUUGUUUUCGUGAGUAUUUAUUUAGGCAAGAUUCAUUCUACAUUCACCGUGAAUGUAUUAAUUACUACUGAUUAAUAUAUUUUCUUCUCAAAGGCAAGUAUUGACUUUUCAGACAUUUUAGGCUUUUGGGGAGUCUUGUACAUUGACACAAGACGAAAAGCACGUAUAUGCACGGCAUUUAUUAAAUUGUUUUGAAGAUAGAUGUUUCACAGACUCAGGGAGGAAAAUGAUCUCCGUAAUCGGGCCAACCUUGGACCGAUGAUUAUUGAGGGUUUAGGCAUAAGAUCAUUAUUAAAAAAAGAAAAAUACUAAUUUGUUUUCAUGAAAAUUGUCGAGGUAUACUUUUGGGGUCACUUCCAUUGACCAGUGUCCAUGGGGUUUCAAAAAACACGCUUAGACAAAUAUUUUCAUUGAUCUGGAAACGCACCCCUUAGUCGUGUGAAUGUUGCAGUAAUAUUUCCCUACAGCCGCCGUACGGCGAGUCAAACCUGUUUUUAUUCAAACCAGCCAUAUGUUUAGGUGGUACAAAAAAAGUUAAAACGGCCAUUUUUAUCAAUUAUUGGGUACAAAUCGUCACCCACUUGCAAGGUGCACCGGGGAUAGGGAUACACCAUUUGCAAAUUGCCCGGGGGGGCAGUCAAAUAUAUUUUUUUCAGUUUUGGACGCGGUCCGCGCGUGGACUCGUUA